AUGUCCAGCUCGUGGAAUCUGAUAAAUGAGAUAGAGAUUUUCCUGGCCGACGAGCCAGCACCAAGACCGAAACCUACGCCAAGGCCGACGCCGCCGACACUGAUGACGCCGUCACCACCGGUGCGCACGGUCCCCAGGGUGGGGACCGCAAUCCAGUGCUCAGACCGGCAGCAGCAGCGCAAAGCUGCCUUCCUGGCCUCGCCGCCGCCGCCGCCGCCGCUAACCAAGAGGCGGAAACGCCGCGUGCACCAUCACGCACACGGCGCCCCACGAAAGGAAACCGACCAGGCCCGCCGCCGUGCCGACCACCGCACCGCCGGGACCAGCCGCUACCGCCAGACGGCCAUCUUGGGCCGUUGA